GGUCGGUGUGUAACGUCAUGGGAAGAUGGCGGACCCUUUUACGGGUGGCCAAAGCUCUAGGGCAAGUAAUGCUUUACAGAAGCGUCAAGAAUCCUUAAAAAGAUGGAAUAAAAGCGAGACAGCCUUAGAAUCUGCGGACAGAUCUAGAAAGAAGACCAAAAUUCAAUUUUCGCUCGGAACUGUGUUCCUUUCGGCGGUAUCGAGCGGUGACGUGGAGGAGGUGAAGAAACUUCUGACCAAAGGCGCAGAUAUAAAUCACCAAAAUGUCGAUGGACUUACCGCGUUACAUCAGGCUUGCAUCGACGAAAGUUGUGAUCUCGUUGAAUUUUUGGUCGAUAAUGGAGCCCGAUUGGACGUACGAGACAACGAAGGCUGGUCGGCCUUACACGCUGCAGCCAGUUGUGGGAGCGUUGAAAUAGCACAAUGUUUACUUGAUCAUGGAGCAGAUGUGGCAGCUGUUAAUAAUGAAGGGGAAUUACCACUGGAUCUUGCAGAGGAAGAUGACAUGGAGGAUCUUUUAACAGAAGAAAUUGAAAGAUUAGGAAUUGAUGUUGAAGAAGCAAGAAGUAAAGAGGAGAGAAUAAUGUUAGAAGAUGCUCAGAGUUGGAUGAAUGGUAGAACAAUAAAUGAAAUUAAAGAUAGAUCAGGUGCUUCAGCAUUACAUGUUGCUGCAUCGAAAGGUUAUUUACAAGUUAUUAGUCUUUUACUUCAACUUGGUGUUGACAUUAAUGCUAAGGACAAUGAUGGCUGGACGCCAUUACAUGCAGCAGUUCACUGGGGGCAAAGUGAUGCAUGCGAAGUACUCGCUGAUCAUGGAGCCAACUUUAGUGCUAGGAGUAAUGCGGGUUCAACACCUAUCGACCUGGCAGAACCGGACAUGGUUAAAAUGCUGGAAGAGCUUAAGAAAAGGCAAAAGGAUAAGCCAAAGAUCAAUGCGUCAACAACACCAGUCAUUAAAAGCAAUAUGGAAUCUGGACCAGCUCCCUUAAAAAGACGUCUAUCUGAAACAUCUAUAGCUAGACUGCGGCGUAAUUUACCCCCUGCUAACAACCCUGGACUACUGGACAUCAAUCAGGAGAGGGCACAGAUGGAAGCUAGCAAGGAGCAGUUGUCCACCUCCCCUAAGAGCCGCACCUCCAGACCGCCGAGUUUCGACGACUCGCCCAAAGAGGACAAGGAAAACGAGAAGGAGAAAUCAGACGGUUUCAACAAAGAUGACAGUGGUUCCGAAUCCGAUACGGAGGACAGCUCUGAAGAGUCCAGUGAAGAGGAUUCAGAGGAAGAGGGGAGGGGUGGGAAGCCAGCUGUGAACUCGGUUACUUCCAGGACCAGACCGACGGUCAAUUCUCUCCCAGCUAAUUCUGCGGUUAAUUCGCUUAAAAAACCAGCGGAUGAGUCCGACUCAGAGGAAGAAACCGGCAGUGAAACUGAAGAGUCCUCUGAAGAGGAGGAGGAAGAAGAGCCGGUCAAACCUGAUACGCGAACAACCAGUUCUACGUCGCGACCGUCCGCGUCUACGCGUUUUCCGAGCGCGCCUGUUAGUGCGCCAUCUAAAGUAGCGGUGGGAGGCACCUCAAAGCUUCUGAAAUCCCCUUUCCUAGACAAUGAUAAGAAGGCAAACAAUCCUUCUUCACUUGUUUCAAAAACUGAACCCUCUAGGACUCCAAGGUUCGGUGAUAGGGGUGAUGGUAAAGAAGACACUAAAACACGGGUUGCGAGCAACGUAACUCGUACUACGGCUGAUACUACGAGUAAUGCGACCAUAACUACAACUAGUGCGGCUCGGAGCGUAAUUAGCUCCACACCUAGCGAGGACGCUCUUCCAAAAACAAAACGGCAGACCAGGAAGGUCACUGAGAGGGCGAGUACCUCUUAUGUAGUAAAUAGCGGAAGGGGAAAUGAGGAAGGUGGUGAAAUGAACGGAGAAGAUGGCAAGAGUAAUGAUGUGACCCACAGGAAGGGAGCAGAGGAACACAAGGACACGUCUGUGCGGCGGAACUCUAAGGAAGAGACGAAGUCGACGAGACUAGCCUCAACUGCUGACACGUACCUGAGCCGGCGGAGCAGACCCAGUGAAACAGUUGAGGACAAGAACGAAGAAGCUAAGAUACCGGAUUGGAAGAGACGACAAAAGGAACGAGAGAGGGAACGAGAAAAGGAGAAGGAGAAAGAACAAGAGAGGGAGAGAGAACGACAAAAGGAAAGGGAACGACAAAAGGAGAAGGAGAACGAGACUGAAAUGCCAAGUUAUCGCCGCCCCAGGCAAGACAGGGAAAAAGACAAAGAAAAAGAGAAGGAAGAGAAGGAAAAGGAGGACGAUGACUCCUCUGCAUCGGCUGCGGCGCAAAAAAGAAGGGCCAGGAGGCAAAGAGAUAAACGAAUUAAGGGGAGCGACGAGGAAGAAACUGAAGAGGCCAAAGACCCAAAAAAGAACACAAAGCUAAAUGAGGAAAAUGACGAGAAAGCCUCCUUGGCCAGCAGGAGACGAUCACAAGAAACCAGACACGACGAGUAUAAGGUAUGUGUUGGGCGUGGCACAGAAGUAUACAGCUGGCACAGGGUAAAGUUUAACCACACUUCCUAACCGUUAUUAGCGGAAGCAGGACUUGAUGACAAAAUUGCCACGGCCGAUUGGCUCUUCAUAAAAAUAACAAUUCUCAUCUCAUGUUUCCUCCUUUCACAGAGCACUACGGAUAGAAUAAGAGUUGGCAGAACCAUUGAUUCGAAAGGACCCUUUGGGACCUCCAAGGCCAACACCAUCAUAGCAGAAACAGAUCCUCAGAAGCUAAAGGAAAGAUUACAAGUAGCACAGUUGGAAAUUCAAGAAUACAAAGUUAAACUAGAAAAGGCCUUACAAGCAAAAGAGGAACUUGAAAGAAAAUACUCAAACGUAGAGGACGACUUAAAGCAACUAGCGGACCUGAAAGCGGACAACCAAAGGCUGAAAGACGAGAACGGUGCCUUAAUCCGUGUUAUAAGCAAGUUAUCACGACCUCCCACUUGACCGGCAACCAUGGUGUUAGUAAGGCAAACUAGAGACAUUUAGAACUUGAUAAUGCCGAUAUGUGAUAACCCCUCUUUCCUGGUCUUAAACUGUACCUAUUUAUUCAGUACGAGACCACAACUUAGAUGUUCUUUAAUUAUGCUAGGAAGGAGGGGUGGCAGGGGAAGGUCGGAUUUUGAUAAAAGCCUUCCCUUCCCCGCCAGCCUAUAGUACAAUAAUGAGGACUUGGUUGGGUUCGUUUUUUCCCUUGUUGUAAUGUAGGUAUGUGUAUGUUUUGUAAUUGGACGUGAGUCAGUAAGAGAGAUAACGGAGAUCAGUUGCAACGUUGUACACAAAAGUAAGCAAAGGAAGAUUAAAUACGAUUUUACAAUUGAAUAAUUUGUGAACUUCCCUCAAAAAGCCCAUGUUCUGCUUAUUUCUAAUGCAGUUUUCUAUAAGUGUAUAUUCUAGUUAAACGGCCGAAGUGCUUUUCAUUAGUUACGCAGAACUUUUUGUCUGCUAGAAGCUUUUCUAUUUUGUUACACUCUUGAGGGUUCAGUGAUAUUAAUAAGAAUAACAAAUUAAUGAUAAUCAAUCCGAUUGCUAAAGGUUCAACUACUGUAGUAAAGUUUAGUUUUGUACGACUUUUUGCAUAGACGAUUCAAUAAAACCAAACAGUGCUUGCUUCUGGUAGGAAGAAAGAAAGAAAAAAAAAUACAAAUACGAGCCUUUUCGACUAUGUCGCGCGAUUCUGUGUUUGAUUUAGAGCAAAUACAGAUUAGUCAAGAGACAAGAAGAAGAAAAGACGAAUUUAAUAGCAGUCAAAAGGAACCUGUUAUCUCAAAAAGAAAAUGUUUGGCGCCGUCGCAAAUAUAAUUGUAUUGAAAUUAACAUUUAUUAUAUUGUAUCGUUGUUAUUGUGCGUAUAAAUUCCAGUGAUCUCAAUUAGUUAGGGUUAAGCGUAAUUAGAGCUGCUUCAGUUGCGCAAUCGUAGAUUUUUGACUCGUCACGCAGCCCGCUUUUCAUUUGGAUGGGUUGACUGCAUGACAGCCAAAGGAGCGGCUGCACAGGAGGGUAGGGUAGUGUGCUAGUCUGUGAUUGGUUUUAGGGCAGUCAGGGAAAUAAGAGCAAGUUCGGGCGGAAUCCCGUAGCCAUAAUUUCUUUGUUGCCUGACUUGUAGCUAGAGUACUAGUUUAAUGAUCUAGCAACAAGAUCCGUGAAGGUUUGUCCGUCCAUUUUUUUGGAUAAGGCAAGAACGAGUGUUAUUUGUCCGACUGAAUGUAUGAAAGUUAACUUAAUGCGCUUUCUGGAACGAGGUAGAGCCAUGAUUGUGAAUCCACAGGCAACUUCAGGUGUUAUUCCUGGAAACUUGCUUCGGCAUAAGUACUCCGCAAUAUCAAAGUUUUAUCUUUACUUUUCAGAUCGGAAUGUUGCGCUAAGUUACGGCGGUCAACUCGUUUCGGUAAAUCAGGCUUCAAAUUAAUGACUGAGGCGAUCCUUCCUUGUAUGAGUGGAAUCCACUUUGUUUCAAUUAAGGGUCAGAACUUGGCUUUACCUCCUCAGAGCCUCGAGGGCCUGUACGUCUGAACAGGUCACAGUCUCUGUACUUUAGCGCGGCAAGCUUUGUACGACAGUGCUGUACGAGUAGCUCUCUGUCUUUUAUUUUACAUGAUUAUGGACAAAAUAAUUAAUCUUAUUUGAUUAGUUGUCCCGUCUUUGUUGGUUCUGUGUUGAAUACGAACCCUAACUGCUAUAAAUAUACCAGUCUCUUAUAAAUCUUG